CACCCUGCUGUCGCUCGGGCCAAUCAGCUUUCGGCCUGGAGGGUUUAACUCCUAUUUAAAAUGAAAAGCCUUUGAUUCCUAACGGUUGGUCGGUGCGGAGCAGUCGGCGCCCAGGUGGCGGAGGAAGGGGUCCGCCGGCAUCAUGGAAAGAUCCAAGGAAAACUGCAUUUCUGGGCCUAUUAAGGCUCCCCUGCUUGGUGACGGCCCCAAGCGUGUCCCAGUGACACAGCAUCCCAUCUCUGUGAGCAGUGGCCAGGCUGAGCGUGUCCUGUGUCCUUCAAACUCCUCCCAGCGGGUCCCUGCGCAGGCGCAGCGGCUCAUGGCCACCCAGAAGCCUGUGCAGAAGCUGAAGCAAGCUCCGACGCAGGCCGCCCUCGCGCCUCGCCCUGUCUCCAAGCCGCCGAGUAGCACCCCGAAGAGUGAGGCGCCCCCGCCGCCGGCGCCUGAAGCUAAUCCUGAAAAGGGACUGACGUCAAGCCAGAAAAAUGAAAAAUCUAAAAAAAGGCAGUGGACCUUGGAUGAUUUUGACAUUGGUCGCCCACUGGGUAAAGGAAAGUUUGGUAAUGUUUAUUUGGCAAGAGAGAAAGAGAGCAAGUUUAUCUUAGCCCUGAAAGUGUUGUUUAAAGCCCAGCUGGAGAAGGCCGGGGUGGAACACCAGCUCCGGAGGGAAGUGGAGAUCCAGUCACACCUGCGGCACCCCAACAUCCUACGGCUCUACGGCUAUUUCCAAGACGCUACCCGCGUUUACCUGAUCCUGGAGUACGCGCCGCUGGGCACUGUCUACAGAGAACUGCAGAGGCUCUCCCGGUUUGAUGAGCAGAGAGCUGCCACUUAUAUCACCGAAUUGGCAAAUGCCCUGUCCUAUUGCCAUUCCAAGAGAGUUAUCCAUAGAGAUAUUAAGCCGGAGAACCUACUGCUUGGGUCAGCUGGAGAGCUGAAGAUUGCAGACUUCGGGUGGUCGGUACACGCACCGUCCUCCAGGAGGACCACUCUGUGUGGCACGCUGGACUACCUGCCCCCCGAGAUGAUUGAAGGCUGCAUGCAUGACGAGAAGGUGGACCUCUGGAGCCUGGGAGUCCUGUGCUAUGAGUUCUUGGUGGGGAAGCCUCCUUUCGAGGCCAGCACAUACCAGGAGACCUACAGACGCAUAUCACGGGUUGAAUUCACAUUCCCUGACUUUGUGACUGAGGGAGCGAGGGACCUCAUUUCCAGACUGCUGAAGCACAGCCCCAGCCAUAGGCCCACCCUGACGGAAGUUCUCGAGCACCCCUGGGUCACAGCCAAGUCAACGAAGCCCUCCAGCUGCCCAAACAAAGAGCCUGCUGGCAAGCAGUCAUAAUCCCACAGGGCAGGAACGGUUGAGCCAGGGCUUCUGUGGAGCCUGUGUGCCAGGAACACGCUCGGCGCUCCUGC